AUGACUCCCCCGAGCACAUCCCCGAUCCCGAUAUUAGGGCAAUGGAUCCUUGACACCCGCUCUUGGUACCCCGAAGUAGAGAAGGUUCACCAACUCGAAACACACGCCUCCCGCGCCUUCUCCCUCCUUUCCCACGCCACGCGCUCGCAAGUCCUGCGCUAUGUCCGCCCGCCCGACGCCAAGAUGGCGCUCGCCUCGGCCCUGCUCAAGCACUACGCCGUCGCCAAGCUCUCGCGCGCCCGGAUCCCCUGGUCCCGCGUCGUCGCCACGGGCUUCACCGCGCCCCCCGGCGGCGGCACCAAGCCCGUCUACGUCGACCCGGCCACCGGCACGCAGCCCGUCUUCUUCAACGUCAGCCACCAGGCCGGGAUCGUCGCCAUCGUCGCCGUCGCGGCAGGCGGCGCGGGCGAGGAGGGGAAAGGGGAAGAAGAAGAAGAAGAAGUGGUGCAGGUGGGCGUGGACGUCGUGUCGCCGGCGGAACGGCGCGCGCGCGAUCACGAGUACAUCGCCGCGAACGGCUGGGCCGCCUUCGUCGACAUGCACGCCGAGGUGCUCGGGCACGGCGAGGUGGCGUACCUCAAGCACCAGGUGCCGGCGGCCGACGACGACGACGGCGACGACGGGAGGCUGAGGGCCUUCUACGCGCUGUGGGCCCUGCGCGAGUCCUACCUCAAGCUGGGCGGUACCGGGCUCGUGGCCGACUGGGUCCGCGACCUCGAGUUCCGCGGGUUCCGGACGCCGAGCCCGACGCCCGGAUGGGAUUCGCCCGCCCGCGAGGAGGAGGGCCAGGUGCUGAGGGAUAUCGGGAUCUGGCUGCGGGGGGACAAGGUCGAAGACGUGGACAUGUGUCUGCGGUCGAUAGGGCCGGAUUUCAUGAUCGCCACCGCCGUGAGGACGCCCGGGAGGAAGGCAGCCCGGCUAGGGUCGGCACUUGGGCCGUACGAGGUGCUGUCGUUAGAGGGGGUGUUGGACUUUGCCGAGGCCAGUGGGUGA